AUGAUCAAGCACAAGUUCACAGACAUCAAAACAAAGUACACAGCUGCAGAUAUUGUUAGGGACUUGAAACAUGAUCAUGAAGUGCAAGUCAAAUACAGCAAAGCUUGGAGGUCUAGAGAAAAAGCUAUUGAAAAAGGGAGAGGAAAAGCAGCUGAAUCUUAUGCAGAAUUGCCUAGUUAUUUGUAUAUGUUGCAUCACACAAAUAUAGGAUCAUAUAUUGAACUUAAAGCAGAUGAAGAUGGCAAGUUUUUAUAUGUUUUUGUAGCAUUGACCGCUUCAAUUAAAGGCUGGAACUAUUGCGUACCUGUUGUAAUAGUUGAUGGGACUUUUUUAAAAUCAGCAUAUGGAGGGACAUUAUUGGUUGCAGCCACUCAAGAUGCAGAAGGUAGAAUCUUCCCCCUAGCAUUUUGUGUAGUUGAUUCAGAGAAUGAUGAUUCUUGGGAGUGGUUCUUUGAGAAUUUCAAGAAAGCUUAUGGUGUAAGAGAAUGCAUGAGCAUCGUAUCUGAUCGGCAUGAAAGCAUCAUAAAAGCAACCAACACAGUGUACCCAAAAGUACCACAUGGGGCUUGCACCUUCCAUCUGCUAAAAAACAUGGAAAGCAAGUUCAAGAAGAACUCAAAAAAGUUCAAGGAUACAUUUUUCGCAGCUGCAAAUGCAUACACUGCCAAAAAGUUUGAGUACCACAUGAGAGAACUUGAUAGGAUUGACAACAGGCUACAACCUUACCUACAAAAUAUUGGCUACGGCGAUGGGCAAGAGUUCACUCACCACACAAUAGAUACUCAAACAUGA